CCGACCCCUUAUCUCCGUGCAAACGAAAGCGGAGAUAGAUUUCUGUUCGAAAACCAAACCAAAGCACAAGGCGAGUGAGCUGCACUGCCCAGAGAUAGGUAUGGACCUGUUCGAGGAGCCCUUAUUCUCGACGCUGCAGCAGCUGAUGGAAAUCCCGGAGGAGAUGGAGAAGGCCUUCAAUGCGCCAACCCGCGCCUACGUCCGGGACCGGAAGGCGAUGGCGUCGACACCGGCGGAUGUGAAGGAGCUGCCGGGGGCGCUGCUGUUCCAGAUCGACGUGCCCGGGGUCAAGUCGGAGGAGAUCAAGGUUCAGGUGGAGGACGACCGUUUGCUGGUUGUCAGUGGCGAGCGGAAGCGGCCUGAGGAUAAGGAAGGCAAGUACCUUCGCAUGGAGCGCCGAAUGGGCAAAUUCAUGCGCAAGUUCCCACUGCCGCAGAACGCCAACCUGGACGCCAUCUCGGCGGUCUCCCAGGAUGGCGUGGUCACCAUCACCGUCGAGAAGUUGCCGCCGCCGGAGCCGAAGAAGCCCAAAACCAUCGAUGUCAAGGUCGCUUAAAAGGAUCGAGGGCAGGUGUCGUGAGAAUAUGAGAGGGAAGCAGGGUUCGGUUUGAGUGUCUGUUAUUGUAAGAUAAAUAAACGGUUUUUUUUUUCUAUAUAUCUUUUUUGCCCUUUUCUUUUCUCUUUUUUGUUUCGGGUGGUUAAAUGUUACAAGUCGUCCGGUGCAUUCACGUGUGAUGAACAAGAACUGUGUUUGUGUAAA